GUUAUAAGCAAGAACCGCGGCAGCUAAUCUCCAACGCGCAAUCAUUAUAAUAAAGGGCUUCUUGCAAUAGUAUUUAUCAGUGCUUGCGGCCCGACCCGCGCGUCUCUUUCUCUGCGCGGCAGUCGGAAAUGAUGACUAAGAAACAAAGCUGCGUGAAAAAAAAGAAAAAGUCCCAAACUCGCUUUCGUUUCGUUUCGUUUCGGCGCACGCCUAAAGCCUAAAUACGAUGUCGAAUAUUGAUUGGAAUUUCGCAUGGAACUGGACACACUUCUGUCCAACCGGCCUGAAGCCAUUCGCCAAUGACACCAACGAUCUGUUGCCCUGCUUCCAGAAGACCCUGCUCCAGCUGCCCGUCUAUACGAUCUUUGCGGCGAUAUCCGCCUACAAUUUUGGCAAUCAAACGCAGCAGAUAGCGCGCAAUAGCCUGCAAUUGCAAUUGCUGGCAUUGCGCAUUGUAUUUAGUAUUAUUUUGGCACUGCUGCCCGUAUCCAAGAUAUUUGUAUUCCAUCGCGCUGGCAUCGAUUUGUAUGCGGUCGAUGUGCUUGUCGUCACCGCCGAGUGCAUCAUGUGGAUUGUGCACUGUGGCUAUCUGCUGACGGCGCGACAUUUUGGCACGCUGAGCCAUCGUGGCCCGCUGCUAAUGAAUGUUGUUUGGCUCAUGGUCGUGGUGCUGGAUGGUGUUUGGCUGCGCACCAGUCGCCACUUUGAGUGGUGGCCCUGGAGCUUGGCCACGCUGCUGUGCGACCUGUGCUACGCCGCCACGCUGCUGCCCAAGGGGAAUGCCGUCUUGUGCUCCAGCACGAUUGGCACCAGAGAUCGCGAGCAGGAGGCGUUGCUGGCCAAUCGUUAUACCUACUUUCACUUUGAGCUGAAUGAGGCGCUGCUGGGCCAUGCACAGGACGAGGCCAAUUGGGCGUCACGUUUCGUGUUCCACUGGGUGCAGCCGCUGAUAAGCAAGGGCGUGGCCGGCAAAUUGCGUCGCAUCGAGGAUUUGUUUGAUCUGCCCGAUGCGCUGAACAUAACACGCCUCAGCGAGCGACUGCAUCUGGCGUUGUCGCAAUCGCAGAGCAUAUUCCGUGCGCUGCACAAGUGCUUUGGCCUGGAGUUCUAUUUAAUCGGACUGUUGCGCCUCGUAGCGGACAUCUCCAGCUUUGCCGGCCCGCUGCUGCUGGGCGGACUGUUGCGGCAGGACAGCAACCAGGAUGGACCAACGGACGGCAGAGCCUAUUACUAUGCUCUGGGCCUGUUCGGCAGCACCUUGCUGUCGGCGGUGUGCGGCUGUCAUUUCGACUGGCGCAUGGCUAUGGUCAGCAUGAAGAUGCGCGUGGGCGUCGUCAAUAGCAUCUAUCGCAAGGCAUUGGAGGCGCGCGGUGUGCGCGAAUCGCGUCCGGAUAUGCUUAAUCUCAUGUCCACCGAUGCGGAUCGCAUUGUCAACUCGUGUAUUAGCUUCCACUUCUUCUGGAGCAUACCCUUCAAGCUGUUUACCACAUUGUAUCUGCUCUAUCUGCAGCUGGGCGCCGCCUUCCUGGCGGGCGUCAUCUUUGCCGCACUGCUGAUACCCAUCAAUCGCUGGCUGGCCAAGCGCAUCGGCAUCUAUUCGACGGGCCUGAUGAGCGCCAAGGAUGCGCGUCUCUCGGCCACCACAGAGACCAUGCAGGGCGCCAAGCAAAUCAAGACCAAUGCCUGGGAGCCCAUAUUUAUAACCAAAAUACGCGCACUUCGCACCACGGAGCUGAAAUUUCUGUCUAAGCGCAAAUAUUUGGAUGCGAUGUGCGUUUAUUUCUGGGCAACGACGCCGGUGCUCAUGUGCCUGCUCACAUUUGGCGUAUCCGUGCUGCUGGGCAAUCCGUUGAUUGCCUCCACGACGUACACGAGCGUCGCGCUGCUUUACAUGCUGAUCGGACCGCUGAAUGCCUUUCCCUGGGUGCUCAAUGGAUUGAUCGAGGCGUGGGUAUCGUUGCGGCGCGUUCAACAGCUGAUGGAUGUACCCAAUUUGGACUAUUCCAGCUACUAUAAUCCCAUUAUGCGCGGCAGUGCAAGUCCGGCAGCCAUGCCCAGUGUGCUGCAAAUGAAGUCGGCCCACUUUGUGCACGAUACGGAGCACAGCGAUAGCGACAGCGAGACAACUAUUUCGCAGUUCCGUCUGAGCGACAUCAAUUUGGACAUCAAGGCGGGCCAACUGAUCUGCAUUGAGGGUCCCGUUGGCGGCGGCAAGAGCAGCCUGCUGACGGCCAUCAUAGCCGGGCUGCAGUGUCUCGAUGGCGAGGUGUGCGUCCAGGAGCUGACCACCGGCUUUGGCUAUGUGCCGCAAUCGCCAUGGCUGCAGCGCGCCACAAUACGCGACAACAUCGUGUGGGGCAGCAACUUUGACGAACAAUGGUACAGGACCGUGCUGCACGCGUGCGCUCUCAACGAGGAUAUACGCAUCCUUGGCGGUGAUCUCAUGGGUGUGGGCGAAAACGGACGCACGCUGUCUGGCGGGCAACGGGCACGGGUGGCCUUGGCGCGCGCCGUUUACCAGAACAAGAAGGUUUAUCUGCUGGACGAUGUGCUGUCCUCGCUGGACGCUCAUGUGGCCAAGCACAUUAUACGCCACUGUCUGCUGGGCCUGCUCAAGGAGAAGACGCGCAUUGUGGUCUGCCGCAGCACCCAGCUAUUCUUCCAUGCCAAUCAGAUACUGCACAUCAAGGAUGGUCAGCUGCGGCCCAGCGAUUACAUGACCGAGAGCAUUGACGUCAGUUCCGAGGAGGAGGAGGAGGAGGAGAAUGAGCUUAAUAGCCAUUCGCUUGCGCUGCGUCGCCUGUCCGUGGAGCUGCCCAAUGCAGCGGAUGUGGACAAGCGCAGCGUGGACAGUCUGCUGCUGGAGGAGUCGCGCGAGUUUGGGCAUCUGGCUGGCAAUGUGUUUGCCUGCUAUUGGCGCGCCGUGACCGCUCCGCUCGCGCUCACCGUGCUGCUGUCCGUGCUGCUCAUGCAGCUAACACGGAACCUGAGCGACGCUUGGCUGGCGCACUGGGUCACCGACACAACGCUCGAUGGCCAUACGAACGACACAACGCUGCAGCAUCAGCUCAUGCGACCCGGUAGCUCCGGCAAUGAAAGCGCUGCAGCGCAUACAACUGGCUACUAUUUGGGCAUCUUUGCGGCAAUUGCUGUGACCAAUUCCCUGGUAACGCUCGCGCGUGCCUUUCUCUUUGCCUAUGCGGGCAUCAAGGCGGCAAUUUUUAUGCACGAGCAGCUCCUCAAGCGUGUCAUGUUUGCCAAGUUCAAUUUCUUUGACGUCACCUCGGUGGGUCGCAUACUCAAUCGCUUCUCCUCGGACACAAACACGGUGGACGACUCGCUGCCAUUUAUACUGAACAUUUUGCUGGCCCAAUUGGCGGGCUUGGUGGGCGCCCUGUGCGUCAGCCUGUACGCCAUGCCCUGGCUGGUGCUGAUCAUAAUACCCAUGGUGCCGAUCUACUUGAAUCUGCAGCAACGCUAUCGCCACGCCUCGCGGGAUAUAAAGCGUUUGUCCAGCAAUGCCAUGUCUCCGCUGUACACACAUUUUACGGAGACCCUGGAGGGAUUGUCUACGAUACGCAGCAUGCGGGCGAGUGCCCGUUUCCAGCGCGACUUCCAGGGCAAGCUGGAGGAGAGCACAAAGGCGCAGCUGUCCGCGGCAGCGGCACAGCAAUGGUUGGCCCUGCGUCUCCAGCUGCUCGGCUCGCUGCUGGUGGGCGGCGCUGGCCUGUUGGCCGCCAUAACAGCCUCGCAUACCACCAAUCCUGGGCUGGUGGGUCUGUGCAUAUCGUAUGCAUUGUCCAUAACCGGCCAGCUGGGCGAUCUGCUGCAUGCUGUGGCCGAGACCGAGCAGGAGCUGGUUGCGGUCGAGCGUGUGGAUGAGUAUUUGCAGCUGGAGCCGGAACAGAAUGCCGAGGGCAGCGCGGAUCCACCAUUUGGCUGGCCCACACAGGGUGUGCUCAGCUUUAAGAAUGUGCAGCUCAGCUACAGGGAGCAUUUGUCGCCGGCUUUGCGCGGCAUUAGCUUCGAAACGGAGGCCUUUGAACGCAUCGGCAUUGUGGGACGCACGGGAGCCGGCAAGAGCUCUGUCCUGGCCGCAUUGCUGCGCGUUGCCCCACUUAGCCAGGGCGACAUCUAUCUCGACCAGAUGAAUCUAAAGACGCUGGCGUUGAGUUUGCUGCGCGAACGCAUUGGCGUCAUCACGCAGGAGCCCUUCCUCUUUGAGGGCACGGUGCGUGAAAAUCUGGACCCUAGUCACAAGUAUUACGACUCGGAAAUUUGGCAUGCCAUCAAGAAUUCGGCAGCCGCCACGCUGCUCGUCCAGCAACUGGGUGGCUUGGAUGGGCGUGUCGAGCGUUGCGGCAACAAUCUGUCGGCCGGACAACGUCAGCUACUUUGUUUGGCCCGUGCGCUGCUCAAGAAUGCCAAGGUCGUUUGCAUUGAUGAGGGCACCUCCUCGUUGGACGACGAAUCCGACUUGUGCAUGCAGCAGGCGCUGCGGAAUGCCUUCAAAAGUUGCACAUUGAUUUUCAUAGCACAUCGAUUGCGCGGCCUGCAGGCCAUGGAUCGCAUCCUUGUGCUGGACGAUGGCCGCAUUUGUGAGCAGGGCAAACCGCAGCAGCUGGCAGCCGAUGGCAAUUCCCGAUUCCAUAGCAUGCUGCAAGCGCAGGACAUCAGUUUGACUGACUUUGCUAAAAUCGAUUAGCUGUAAAUAAUUGGGAACAAUUAAGUUCCUUCUAUGUACGAUUCGACGAUCUGUGUAUUUAUUGUUUUUAUAAUUAUUAUUUGAUAAUUGUAUAUUUAGCUUUUAUGUUAAUACCAAAUACAAUACAUGAUUUUAGGCAACAGGUCAGAUCAGUUAUAAAAAUAAGAAA